AUGACGCUGUACGGCUUUUUAGCCCUUGUGGCAUUCUCUUGCAUUUGCAAAACGAAGCGUAUAGAAAAUCCGCAGAAGGAGUUUAUGGACAGAUUUGACAUAGCCAAGAAUCACGUAGACAUAAGUUGGUCUACAAAUGGUGUGUUAGGAAAAGGGGACUAUAAAUACGAUAUAGAUGAUGAAAAGAAUGAAUACUCUAAGCUUAUCACAAAGAAUAUAUCAGGAACCUGCCCCAACCAGAACAUCCACGGAAUGUACAAGGGUAGCUGUCCCGAUUAUGGGAAAACAUUCUCAAUGGAUAUAUACAGAGAUGAGUAUAAUGAAGAUUUUUUAAAUGAAGUUAGUUUCGGUUUUUUGAACAAGAAAUUGAAUCUUUCAAUAGAAAUUCCAGUGCAGAAAAGUGGGAUGGCCAUGUACCAAGGCCUCUUCAAGUACUGUCCUUUGGACGAAAAUCAUAGUUUGCUGAUAAAAAAGGAACAAGAAUAUGAUAUGUGUUUUAAACGAAUUUACAGACAUAUGCAAUCCAUUAGAAGCAAUAAAAAACGUACGUUGAGGAAUAAAUAUUUACACUUUGGAUGGCACGGAUUAGGAGGUCGAUUAGGUUCCAACAUGAAUUACCCUCUACAUGAUUAUAAUCCGUCGGAAAGUCAUGUGACUAGAAAAAUGAGAUUCUCCGGUUUGAUAAAAAAUUUGUCCGAUUGUUCUAUUUAUUCCCAUUGUAUGGGUCCAUGUUUUAACAAAGAUUUUGAUAACGAAUGUUUUCGCAGUUUACCUGUCGUUUUUAACCACAAAACGAAGGAGUGUGUUAUCCUAGGAACACAUGAAGGAAGUAGAAGAAGAAAUUGCCUGUCUGAAUAUACAAAUGGUUUUGAGAGGUGUUUUAUGCCAAUAAAAAAGGAAACAGGGAAAGAAUGGACCUACGCAUCGUCAUUUUUGCGUCCAGAUUAUGAGAAGAAAUGCCCUCCAAGAUUUCCAUUAAAUGAUACAGCAUUUGGCUACUACAACAAUAGCACUGGUGAAUGCAAAUCAGCUGCAAAAGGUGAUUUUGUGAGUUAUGAAAUGUCUUUCAAAAGUUGUAUUGAAGGACUAUUCAAUUAUUUUGGGAGGGCUAGAAAAACUCGCAGAAAAAAAUUCCUAUGGGGGAUUUGGGUUUUGGAAGAUAGUUCCAAAAAAUUAAAUUCCAUGGAUGACAUUGGAAUGUGUUCCAUUUUGAAGGAGAAACCCAGUUGUGUCUUGAAAAAGAAAAACCACUAUUCCUUUACGAACCUGACGGCGAAUUCUUUUGAUUUCGAGCAAAAUGUAACGUAUCCACACGUGGAGGAGAUGCUUGUGCAGGGCAAUGAAGUGGGUGAAUUUGAAAAACUCGUACUGGAAAAAAGCGAAAAGGAAACAGAUUUAAUCGAAAUGGAUAAAAAGAGGAAAAAAGCGCGAAAGGAAGGUGAAGAAGCAGAACAGAGAGAAGCAUAUCGAAUUUUGGAAAAGAAGAGGAAAAGAAAAAUGAAUGAACAGGCAGGAUUAAGGAAGAAGAAUCUUAAUUAUGUGUUUUCCAUGCAAAAGAGUGACGAGUCAACACAUCCAAAUGAAGUCGAUUCUAUUUUUAGAAGCAAGGGUGAACCUAUAAGUCAAAUGCUUGAACUGAACCAGUCUUCCAGAAGCUAUUUGCACAAUCCAGGUGCUCGUGGUAGGGGAAGACACCAAAUUUCGUAUGUGAACUCCCAGACAAUAAAUAACAGGCCAGCUUCUCAGAAUGAAGCAGUUGUCAAUUCCAGAUUGUGGACAAAUCCUCAAGCUAAAUUUAUGGAAAGAUUCGAUAUUCCAAGAAAUCACAUUUUUAUCGAUUGGAAAAAGGAAGGAAAAUUGGGAGAGGGUAAUUUCAAGUAUGAUAUUUUAUCGAAUAAAACUGCUGGUACCGCUCAGUCAUUAUUAGUUGAUAGUUAUAAUGACAUUUGUCCAAAUCAUUCAGUUCCAGGAAGGGCACAAGGAAGUUGCCCUAACUAUGGAAAAGCUAUCAUUGUUGAAACACUUGAAGAUAAACGUAGAGAUAUGCAUUUUAAUUUCCAAUUUUUAAAUGAAAUACAUACUGGGUAUAUGGGAAAAAGAAACGGACGCAGUAUCGAACUUCCAUACGAUAAAAGUGGAAUAGCUAUGCAUCAUGGUUAUCCAACAUCGUGUCCAGUAAAUACGCAUGAAGAAAUGUUGUUCGAAAAAAUGGAUGAUUACAAUUAUCAUAUGUGCAAGUCUUCCGUGUUUUCAACUCCGUUCUCCAUGAAGGAAUGGGAUCCCCAAAGCCGUUCAAUUAAGUAUUAUGGCCUUUACGGUUUGGGUGGUCGACUAGGUUCGAAUAUUUCAAAUUAUGGAACAUAUGGACAAACUAUAAAAAGAGGUGAAAAGCGUACGAGCAACAUAACGCUACCAAUGAAGAACCCAGGGGUGAUAAAAAACUUGUUCGAUUGCUCUAUAUUUUCCUACUGUUUAGGACCUUGUAUUGAAAACACGUACAAAAAUAAAUGCUUCCGAAAUUUACCAGCUUAUUAUAAUCACGCAACAAAUGAAUGUGUCAUACUUGGUACCCAUGAACAGGAAAGAACCGAUAACUGCAGAAAGGAAAAAACUGACUUAAGCAAACCCAACUGCCAGAAGCUUAGAAAAACCUCAGAUUCGAAGGAUUGGACAUAUGUUACAUCAUUUAUUAGGCCUGAUUAUGAAGAAAAAUGCCCACCUAGAUUUCCUCUCAAUUCCAAAAGUUUUGGGAUCUACGAUGAACGAACAGGAAAAUGCAGAAGUCUCGUCAAAAAAAAGAAUUUCAUUGGUGCUCUAAAUUUCGACGCCUGUUUAGAGUAUUUGUUUAGAACCUCUCCAAAAGAUUUUUACAGUAGUGAUGCUGGCAAAUACUGGGGGGUUUGGAUUGCAAACGAGUCGGUUAAUAAAGAUAAUAUGUUUAGUGUUAAUGGGGAAUGCUACUAUGUACGUCGAAAACCAACUUGCGUCAUCCACAAAGAGGACCAUUUUUCAUUCACAUCUCUCACGACAAAUGACAUUGAUUUUUAUCAAAACCUUAACAUAGAACCUCUGGAAGAAUUGAUCGGGCAGAGAAAUAUAAUUGGUUCAGAUAAACAGGAUGACAAAAGUAACAGGGCUACGGCUAGGAAGCAGCUGGCGGUAGACAUGGCGCUAAAUCCAUCAGAUUUUAACAUCAGUGCUAAGCAUGACGGUAGUGCAACAGAGGAGAAGGAUAUUGAAGAAGAAAUACGGGUAGAGGAAGCAAGACGGGUGGAGGAAGCAAGACGGGUGGAGGAAGCAAGACGGGUAGAGGAAGCAAGAAGGGCAGAGGAAGCAAGAAAGGCGGAAGAUGCUAGAAAGGCAGAGGCGGCUAGAAAGGCAGAGGCGGCUAGAAGGGAUGAAGCAGAUAGAAAGGCUGAGGCAGCUAGAAAGGCGGAAGAGGCAAGAAAGGCGGAAGAUGCUAGAAAGGCAGACGCGGCUAGAAGGGAUGAAGCAGAUAGAAAGGCGGAAGAGGCAAGAAAGGCGGAAGAGGCAAGAAAGGCUGAAGCGGCUAGAAAGGCAGAGGCAGCUAGAAAGGCAGAGGCAGCUAGAAAGGCAGAAGCGGCUAGAAAGGCGGAAGAGGCUAGAAAGGCUGAAGCGGCUAGAAAGGCUGAAGCAGAUAGAAAGGCAGAGGCAGCUAGAAAGGCUGAAGCAGAUAGAAAGGCAGAGGCAGCUAGAAAGGCAGAAGCAGCAAGGAAGGCAGAGGCAGCUAAAAAGGCUGAAGCAGCAAGGAAGGCAGAGGCAGCUAAAAAGGCUGAAGAGGCUAGGAAGGCAGAGGCAGCUAAAAAGGCUGAAGAGGCUAGGAAGGCAGAGGCAGCUAAAAAGGCUGAAGCAGCAAGGAAGGCAGAGGCAGCUAAAAAGGCUGAAGAGGCUAGGAAGGCGGAAGAGGCAAGGAAAGCUGAAGCUGCUAGGAAGGCAGAGGAUGCUAGAAAGGCUGAAGAGGCAAGGAAAGCUGAAGCAGCUAAAAAGGCUGAAGCAGCAAGGAAGGCUGAAGCAGCUAAAAAGGCUGAAGCAGCAAGGAAGGCAGAGGCAGCUAAAAAGGCUGAAGAGGCUAGGAAGGCAGAGGCAGCUAAAAAGGCUGAAGCUGCUAGGAAGGCAGAGGAUGCUAGAAAGGCUGAAGAGGCAAGGAAAGCUGAAGCAGCUAAAAAGGCUGAAGCAGCAAGGAAGGCUGAAGCAGCAAGGAAGGCAGAGGAUGCUAGAAAGGCAGAGGCGGCUAGAAAGGCAGAGGCGGCUAGAAGGGAUGAAGCAGAUAGAAAGGCUGAGGCAGAUAGAAAGGCUGAGGCAGCUAGAAAGGCGGAAGAGGCAAGAAAGGCGGAAGAUGCUAAAAAGGCUGAAGCAGCAAGGAAGGCAGAGGCAGCUAAAAAGGCUGAAGCAGCAAGGAAGGCAGAGGCAGCUAAAAAGGCUGAAGAGGCAAGGAAAGCUGAAGCAGCUAAAAAGGCUGAAGCAGCAAGGAAGGCAGAGGCAGCUAAAAAGGCUGAAGAGGCUAGGAAGGCGGAAGAGGCUAGGAAGGCGGAAGAGGCAAGGAAAGCUGAAGCUGCUAGGAAGGCAGAGGAUGCUAGAAAGGCUGAAGAAGCUAGAAAGGCUGAGGAAGCUAGAAAGGCUGAGGAAGCUAGAAAGGCUGAGGAUGCUAGAAGGGCUGAAGAAGCUAGAAAGGCUGAGGAAGCUAGAAAGGCUGAGGAAGCUAGAAGGGCUGAAGAAGCUAGAAGGGCUGAGGAGUUUAGACAGGAGGAAAAUGCUAAAAAGGCGGAAGAGGCAAAGAAAAGAGUCGUGCAUGAAAGUAAGAAGACUGAGGGUUCCGCGGCGAAGGGAGUUACUGAUUCAUCUGAUGACAACAGGGAAGAGUCAAAGGAGUUUCCAAAGCAUAAGUUCAAUAUAAAUAAUAUUUCUGGUGAAAAUGGAAAUUCUGAAAGUAAUUCGAAUACAGAAGCAUAUAAUAAAGAAAAUUUCGAAGAGGAAGUUGAAGAAGCGAAAAUGAGAAAGCAGGUUGACGAUCAGAAUAUGGGGUCCGAAAAUCCAAACAGUAAUAAUGCACCAAGAAAUUAUGAAUCCAGAGAUGAUAAAUUAGAUAAGAAUGAGUAUAUAAAGAGAGAUGCUGAAAAAACGCGGGAGGAGAUAAUAAACUUAUCCAAAAAAAACCCGUGUACUGUUGACGUUUCUUCAGACUUUUGCGAUUAUAUGAUGAAAAACAUAUCUUUUGGUAAUUGCUCUGAUGGAGAGAGAAAGGGACUGUGUUGUUCAAUUUCAAAUUAUUGUUUAAAGUAUUUUGAUUAUAAUUCAAACGAUUAUUAUACCUGUGCGAAUGAAGAAUUUGGCCAAAAGGAUUACAAAUGCUUUCGGAAGAGCAAAGCUUCAAACGCGGCUUAUUUUGCUGGGGCAGGAAUAGUGUUGAUACUCCUGCUUGUCAUCGCUUCAAAAGCUACUCUGGGCAAAUGGUUUGAAGAAGCUACCUUUGAUGAGUUUGAUGAAGAUUAUGAAAAAGUCCACACAUUUGCAAUGAUAUGUAAUGGAUCUUCAAAAGCCAAGGAACAAACACAGAAAGCGGAGCCGUCAGAUUUUUCCGGGCACAUGUCUGAUAAAUGACACUUGUUUUGACCGCCCCUUUUGUGAAUCCUUAAACUGCUCAGACUUCACAUGAAAUAUUUAUUCCUGGAAAUUUCCCCACACUUUUGCAGUGACUUACACAGUACAUUUUUAUGUGUCCGUAAUUAUACUAUAGU